ACUUUGCAAACGCCUUGAAGAUUAUUGCAAGUGGAGUUGGAUGAUGACCUGACUGUCGUUUCUGAUGGGGACAUGGGAGCUUUGGAUAUACUGCUGAAAACCUCAUCUUUUUUCCUUACAUAAGGAGGGCUAACCAGCUGUAUUGUGCUCCUGCAAGUGAAGACUGAGGCAGUGGAAACUGAGCAAAUGCCAGCAUGACUAGGGUCUGAGGGAAGUGCUUCUGUGUUCAUACCACGGGUUUGUGGGUGCAGAGGAAGGGCUCAAGGACAGCAGGGAUAUUUUGAGCUACCAUGGAUAUCCCCACCGACUUGGUGCCGUCCUCCAUGAUGUCCCAACCUGAGGUGAUUGAGUCCACAGCCAUGAGCGAACCACAGUGCUACUACAAUGAAACCAUUGCCUUCUUUUAUAACCGAAGUGGAAAAUAUCUAGCCACUGAAUGGAACACUGUCAGCAAGCUUGUAAUGGGACUGGGGAUUACCGUCUGCAUCUUCAUAAUGCUGGCCAACCUCUUGGUUAUGGUGGCUAUUUAUGUCAACCGCCGAUUCCACUUUCCUAUUUAUUACUUAAUGGCCAACUUAGCUGCUGCGGACUUUUUUGCAGGGCUGGCCUACUUUUACUUAAUGUUCAACACAGGACCCAACACUAGAAGACUGACUGUAAGCACCUGGCUGCUCCGUCAGGGUCUCAUUGACACUAGCCUGACAGCCUCUGUAGCCAAUUUGUUGGCCAUUGCUAUUGAGCGGCACAUUACAGUUUUCCGAAUGCAGCUCCAUACUCGGAUGAGCAACCGGCGAGUGGUGGUCGUAAUUGUUGUUAUCUGGACUAUGGCCAUCGUCAUGGGCGCCAUACCAAGUGUCGGAUGGAACUGUAUUUGUGAUAUCACUCACUGCUCCAACAUGGCACCGCUCUAUAGUGACUCCUACCUGGUCUUUUGGGCUAUUUUCAACCUGGUCACUUUUGUGGUCAUGGUGGUCCUAUAUGCUCAUAUCUUUGGGUACGUCCGCCAAAGGACUAUGAGAAUGUCCAGACACAGUUCUGGACCCCGCAGGAAUCGGGACACCAUGAUGAGCCUCCUGAAGACUGUGGUCAUUGUGCUUGGUGCUUUCAUAAUCUGCUGGACCCCAGGAUUAGUCUUGCUGCUCCUCGAUGUUUGCUGUCCCCAGUGCAACGUCCUGGCCUAUGAAAAAUUCUUCCUGCUCCUGGCGGAGUUCAACUCUGCCAUGAACCCCAUCAUCUACUCCUACCGGGACAAGGAGAUGAGUGCGACCUUCAAGCAGAUCCUCUGCUGCCAGCGCAGCGAGAGCGCCAACGGCCCCACCGAAGGCUCAGACCGGUCGGCGUCCUCGCUCAACCACACCAUCUUGGCUGGCGUCCACAGCAACGACCACUCCGUGGUGUAAAACCGCAACCAGCCGCGUGGCCGACGAAGAGCAGCGGGCUAUGCCGUGGAGCAGGGUGGGUGCACAGCCUCGGGGAAGGUAACCUACUCACAAGGUUUUCUCAAACACUAAUGGACUACAAGUGCUUCUUUUCCAGGGAGCCCAACAUACCAGCGCAGUCUGCCCGGACCGCAAGACUGGCCAUGCUGCAAGGCCUUUGAUUUCUACUUUCAAAAAGUAGAAGGCAUAUGCCUUGUGGUAGAGGUCAUCAAUAGCCCAUGGAAAGCCUCGCUGAGACUUUGUCAGACUUCGCUGCAUCUCGGUGCCAGUCUGAAUCAACUCUGAUUAAUUAAGCUUAUACCUGCUUCACUGCAUUUACAUGUAGCCACUUAGUCUUUUUAAAAAGGGAGUAAAGGGGAUAAAAGUAUGCCUAUCAUUUAAUAGACAUGUAAUAUUUAUCACCAUCAGCAUGCUUGUGAUGAACAUUUUCUGUGCAGGGAGUAAAACUGUGCUCUAGUCUUCGUAUCCUUAGCCACAAUGCCAUAAUUACAGUAAAAACAAAAGUGUUUUUUUUUCUAAUACAAACAACAGGAAGAUGAUGGAAACUGACUCUUCUUACCUUCAUUACUGGUGUUAGAGAGCAUGCAUGUUCUGUGUGUAUGCAGAUUAUUUUAAUUAUUAAAAAAAAAAAAAAAAAAAGCUCAUUGUAAAGUCUGCAGGAAAGUAGAAAAGCAUAGACUGUAUUCCAGUGUUUGUUUAGAUUGUGAAAUAAACAGUACUCUAGUCACAAAGUAUUUAACGUUCUUCUUUGAAGUGCGGUAUGAAAUGUGUAACGUGAGGGGUCCCAAGCUUUUCAUGGACAAGUUCUUAAAGUCGGACAUAUCCCCAAGGUUCUUAAAGGGCUACAGUCAGAUUGGUAGAUUUGAAAAGAAAAAAAAAAAAAAAAGAGUAUUUAUGGCAUUGGAAUGCUUUUCUUGUUCGUGGCAGAAAGCAAAGGGACUUUUAAUGUGAAAAAAUGUAUACUUUUCAUGGAACCUUUCUUGUCAUUGAAAACAAAACACCUUUUGCAUUUUUGGACUGAGAAAUAUUUGGAGAGUAUCUUUUAAAUUAUGUACCCUUCAUUUCAAAAGCAGUGGGCUACUAAGAACCAAGGUACAAUUUUAUUUUGUAAAGUCAGGACAACAUAGGUAGUUGUCUAUUUCAAAUAACUGGACUGUGCUACAUGUAAUAGCCACACGUGGUUUUGAAUAGCUAAGCUAACAGAUGGAUUUUUUUUAUAUAUGGCUGUUUUAAAGAGAAAUGCCACUUAUGUGAAUCUUGGUUACUAAGAAACAGUGACAUUAAUCAAAACUCCUGGACAGUGGUUAAUGUGAGCAAAGAUGGGAUCUUGCUGAUAAAAAACUUGGGACCUUUCUCUGGGAAACUGUUUCCUCCUAACAAUGUAAAAUAUAUCAACAGUAAAUUCCUGGAGCCAUUUUCCUUAUUGUAAUUUGCCUCUGUAACAAAAACAAACAAACAAACAAACAAACAAAAAACUAAAACAAAACAAAACAACAUAACAAAACAAACAAAAAUCAGAGGUGUAUCCUUCAAUGUACCAUACUAGAAUGUAACACAAGGGACAAUAUUCUCCCAUUUGAGCGGGUAAGAAAUGGAGGGGAGAAGAUCAGCCCAACAAAAAGCAGAGUUUUUAGUAUCUCUUGCUUGGAAGAGAUGCUUGGAUUUUAUGCUUCCAAGCAUGAAAUUGCUUGGAAAAGGCAGUUCCUUGCUGAGGGAGGGAAGAGCAACAAGUGAGCAAAACCUGUCUCCACUGAAUAAAGUGAAGUUUUGCCACUGCUUUCCAUAAAACUGAAAUUCACCUGUACUGUCAAGCCAAAUUUGUGUGGACACAGUGGAAGAUGGAGUGGGCACAGGGGAUAAACACAACAUUAUCUGCCUGUUGACCAACGUAUUGAAUGUUGCACUUGCUUUGGACAAAACAGCUCUUUUCUGACUGUAUUUGAGAGCAGGUAAAGGUUGAUUUGGUUUUUAUCUGCAUAACUGUACUGAGAAAGAGAAGAACAAGCUGUAUGAACUUUUACACUUAAAAGCAUCUGCUUGCUAAGCCACUCAUAAAUUUUUCUUAGUGUCUGCGUGAUGUUUGAGCUAGCGCAGGUAAGCAGAAGAAAGGAGAGGGUAAGAGUGCCUCCAAAGACAGGGGACAUCUGUCUGAAAAACAGUUUCCUUUUCCUAAGAGUGCUCAAGGUUGCUUUAUUCCCUGGAUCCAAGGAGAGCACUUUUUACUCCCCCCAGCUUCCCCGCAAAAGAAGGACAUCAUGGACACUUUAUUUUUUUUGUGGGGGGGUUGCCCUUUCCAAAUGUCCUUUGUACUGCUGUUUGCAUGCUCUUUACUGACUCUCUCCUUGAUAGGGUGGGAGGAUGUUAAGAAAUAGCAGCAAAUCAUUCACCUUGGUUUACCAUUCUGAAAGUGUGGUGGUUUUGGAGAAGCAGUGGGUGAAUAAUUUUAAGCCAGAGGUGCAAUCAUUCAUGACACAUGGGUGGAUCCAGAGGCCCCUUGUGAAGAUGGGUGCCCAAGGAGGCUUUUCUUUUCUCAUUGUAGUUGUGACAGGUGGUAGUUGCUGCCCAGGUACAUCGAUCAGCCCUUCUUCAUGGAGGCACUCAACAGUUCAAGAAGGUGGGCCUUUUGAACUCUUAGCAGCAGGUAAAUUUCAGUUGUGGAGUAGAUUAAUCCAGGAGCACUUCUGGCAGCAUGUGGCUUUUUUCUUCUAGAAGGUGAAGUGCAAUGAUUUAGAUCAAAGGCAAUAGGAUGCAACCUGUUGUAUGAUUCCACUAGAGGAACUCAACGAGCAUGUGGGUGCUGUUUAAAAAUUUAAUUAGUGUUUUGUUUUGUUGACAUGAUCUCCCUAUAUCCUCAAGAAAUCUGAUCUGUGGAUGGAGUGUUUCUUUGCAAGCUAAUGAAAUUAAAUCUGCUGUGAGCGAAGAGAAUAAAAACCAGAGAUUGGAA